AUGACUCUAGACUUCUCUGAAGCAGAAGAACUGAAGCAAAUUUUUUGCUACGCCACCAAUGCGUCAAGCUUAGAGAAGAGUCUUCUUCUAUUACUCAGUUCAGGAUCGCUCCAAGUUCUUCUCACCAUCAGAUUUGGAUGGAUGAAACUUUACCAGAUCGAGACCAAGACUCCAACUACAGGCAACCUAGUGGAAAUCAAUGAAGAAAUUUUUGUUGGAGACAACGACACAACUUAUGAAGUCAUCUCAAACAUGUUGUCUACUGCUUCAGUGCUGGUUGAUGUUUUGGUUCGUGAGAAGAUUAUUUUGGAGAUCAUUGCUAAAGGGCUAGCGUUGAUAUAUGUAAAGUGUUUCAGUGGAGUUGAGGCAAAAUUGCUUAUAGAAGUGGAGAUUCAUGUGGUCUCAACACAUGGACUAACACAAGAAUUUGGGGUAGAAAGUAAUGGUUGUAGGCUUCCGGCCACCAAGAGACUCAAGGUUGGUGGUCAUGGACAAGAUUGA